GACCAAGCCAUUAGCAUGCUGACAGACAAGGAUUAGUUGAUGAAAAGUGUUCAAAAGAUCGAGUCCAGUCUCAAACAUAGAUCUGACUGAAUGCACUUGUUUUUCCUGCGCCGUUGAUCACCACAGGCACCUUCAUUGACCACCGUCAAUUUAAGGCCUUUGUCACGUCAAGAAUCACCAGUUUCUAAUGCCUGCUGGUCUCGUAUCUCGUAUCAACGACUUCCCAAUACGGUAAUAUACUAAACAAGUCUGGGCUGUACUGUCUUCCUAUGAAGUGCAUCAGUUGAUGUCUGCCUAUAUCAGCCAACCAUCGAUUCCUCUUCUCCUUUACUCAGAUCACUCUUUUAGCUAAUGCGCGACUUUACGAGCCCCCGGUUUCUAUGAUUGUCCUCAUUUGAAAUAUUGGACCUGCUGUUCAAGACUCCUUACGUGAAGGUGUCUAAGUUUCGUCGCCAUCAUGACUGUUGAUCAUCAUGACAAAAUCGAGAAGCCUACCAACUCUCCUUCCCCAGAGCCUCAAGGCCCAUUAACAAAAGAUGAAACAGAAGACGAAUUACAAGCCAAGGCAAAGGUCCGACCUGAGCGGACAGCAAAUUUCAAAGAUUACUUGCGGAUAUUCUCCUAUGCAACAAAAUGGGAUUUCUUUGCGUAUGCUGCCGGCUUUUUUGCAAGCAUUGGAGCAGGGAUUACGCUGCCAUUGAUGAAUGUAGUUUUUGGACAAUUUGUUGGCAACUUUACAGAAUACUUUAUGCCAGGCAGUACAACAUCGCGAAGUGAAUUCAACAAAAGCAUCGAUAAGUUGGCGUUGUAUAUGUUCGCCCUGUUUCUGGGUCGUUUCGUGCUCAACUCUAUCAACAAGUUCGUUUUCCGCAUGAUAGGCAUCAGGCUGUCAUCCGCCAUCAGACUUCACUACCUACAAAGACUAUUCGGCCAAUCUAUCCAUGUCCUCGACUCAAUGCCUCCAGGCUAUGCCACAGGCACCAUCACUUCUACAGCCAAUGUCCUGCAGCUAGGCAUAUCAGAAAAACUUGGCACCUUUGUUGAAUACAACUCAACCAUUGUAGCUGCGAUUAUUGUAGCAUUCGUCAAGAACUGGUCCCUGACUCUUGUCACAUCUUCAAUCAUCCUAUACCUUUUCCUUGUCUUGGGCACAUUUCUGCCCAUGAUACUCAAGGUCAAUGCGCUCAUCACAAAGGCAGAGGGCAGAGCUGGUGCGGUUGCCAGCGAAGCUUUGGCGAGCGUCAGAAUGGUGGCCGCGUGUGGUGCAGAAUCACGCAUUUCCAGGCGAUACGCCCAGUUCGCCGAGGAAACCCGCCAACAUGGUAAACUUCUCUCUCCCCUUGUCGGCGGACAACUUGGUUUGAUAUUUUUCGGGUUAUAUGCUGGUUUCGCCCUUUGUUUUUGGUUUGGCGCAAAGUCCUAUUCCGAGGGAAGAUUGGACAACGUGGGAGAUGUCCUUGUCGUGUUGCUCUCUGUUAUGAUUGUCGUACUUUCCCUCGAACGAACAUCUACGCCGUUACUGGCCGUUGGAAAAGCCACUGUGGCAGCCUGCGAAUUUUUUGUUGUUAUCGACGCUCCGCAGCCUGCCAAAGGUACUCUAAAGGAGCCCGAAGUCUCUUCGACACAGGAUAUCAUUUUCGAGGAUGUUACCUUCGCUUACCCUAGCCGGCCUCAUGUCAAGGUGCUAGAUGGCCUGGACUUGCGUAUAGAGGCUGGAAAAAUCAAUGCGAUCGUCGGCCCGUCCGGGGGAGGCAAAUCGACCAUUGUUGGACUCAUCCAGAGAUGGUAUACCUUACAGGAUCAACACGUUCUUGCCAAGGUCAUUGAGAAAGAGAAAAAAGGGGGUCGUAAGAACAAGAAAGAUGAGAGUGAUGAGGAUGUCGACACCGAAAACGUGGUUGAUAAUGAGCCUGAAGAAUCAGGACCUCCUAUCGAAGUCCACGGGCGAAUCUUGACAGCAGGCCAAUUGUUGGACGACAUCGAUUUGAAGUGGUGGAGGUCCCAGAUAGGCCUUGUCUCGCAGGAGCCAUUCUUGUUUAACGAUACGAUUUAUAAGAAUGUUGCCUAUGGUCUGAUUGGAAGUCCAUGGGAAAAUGAGACCGAGGACAAGAAGAGAGAACUGGUUAGGGAGGCCUGUCGAGAAUCUUUCGCCGAUGAGUUCAUUGAUCGACUGCCAGAGGGGUUGGACACGCUCGUUGGUGAUAGUGGUGCCAAACUCUCCGGUGGACAGAGACAGAGGCUGGCUAUUGCACGAUCUAUCGUGCGAAAACCAAGUAUACUUAUACUGGAUGAGGCCACUAGUGCUAUUGAUGUUCGUGGUGAAAGGAUUGUUCAAGCGGCCCUUGACAGAGCUGCUAAAGACCGGACCACUAUCACAAUAGCCCAUCGACUGUCGACCAUCAAGAAAGCAGAUCGUAUCAUCGUAUUGAAGAAGGGCAAAGUCGCCGAAUCAGGUACACAUGACAGUCUCAUGACGAUCGAGGGCGGAGUCUACUCAGGGCUUGUACAUGCACAAUCCCUAUCGCUUGGAGAACCCACAGAUGCAGGAGAUGAGUCGGUUGAAACUGAGGAUAAGCCUACCCUGGCCAACGUCAUGAGUAUUGCAGCUCCCGAGGUUGACACGUCCACGGAGGCCUCUAAAGACAAGGCACGGAACUUCUUUACAAGCUUUGGUCGACUGUUCUACGAGUCAAAGAAUGUCUGGCCAGCGUUUUUUCUGACUCUAUUUGCCGGUGCCUGUGUGGGAGCUGGAGUACCAUUACAGGCAUGGAUCUUUGGGAAAAUUAUUGUUUCUUUCAACGACAUAGGGACUGACUCGGACCUAUCCGGGAGCAACUUCUGGUCACUCAUGUUCGUCGUCCUGGCUUCAGGAAUCGGAAUCAGCUACUUUGUAGUUGUCUUCGUGGCCACUCGGAUGUCAUCCACGAUACGCGUGAAAUACCAGAAGCAGUAUUUUGAUGCGGUAAUGUUUCAGAAAACAUCCUUUUUUGACCAUGAAGACCACUCUCAUGGAACGAUAACGUCCCGACUUGGCCAGGACCCCAAGCAACUUGAAGAGUUGAUGGGACUGAACAUGGCUAGUGUCUUUGUCGCUCUCUUCAAUGUGGUUGGAGCAAUAUCCAUUGCGUUCGCGUUCGCAUGGAAACUAGCUCUCGUCUCAUGCUGUGUCGUGUUGCCCAUAAUGAUCGUUUCGGCGUACUGGCGCUUCAAAUACGAGCUGGCAUUCGAGAAGAUGAACAAUGAUGUCUUUGCAGAGAGCUCAAAGUUUGCAUCCGAGUCAAUAGGAGCAUUUAGAACGGUCACUUCGCUGACACUAGAAGAUUCAAUUUGCCUCCGAUAUCAGAACUUACUCAACGAACACGUUGUAUCAGCAUACAGAAAAGCUAGGUGGGUGAGCAUACUCUUUGGUUUCUCUGAUAGUGCCAGUAUGGCAUGUCAAGCUCUGAACUUCUGGUGGGGAGGUCGUCUUUUAUCAAGACAUGAAAUUGGUCUAGUUGCUUUUUUCGUCUGUUUUAGUAAGUGAACUUUAUGACGUUCUGUAUCGAGUAGUGCAGAUAAAGACCCAAACGCUUCUGACCCUUACUUACAUCUAACAGUGGCAAUUACAAAUGGAAGCGAGGCAGCCGGGCAAGCCCUUGGCUUUGGACCAAACAGUGCGAUGGCUUCUGCAGCUGCGAAUCGUAUUCUAAACAUGAGAGAGAGCAGACCGCGAGACAAGGUCUCUACCUCACAGGAGAUCCCAGACACAGAUGGUGGAAUGUCGAUUGAGCUGGAAAACAUCGCCUUCAAGUACCCGACUAGGAGCACACCCGUAUUCAAAGGAUUGAGCCUGAAGAUUGAGAAGGGACAGUUUGCUGGCCUCGUAGGCGCCUCAGGCUCAGGAAAGUCAUCGAUCAUUUCAUUGUUGGAAAGAUUUUACGACUUGGAUAAGGGCCGAAUCCUUCUGAAUGGCAAGGAUGCUACCGAUAUCAACUUGUACGAAUACCGAAAGUACUUUUCUCUCGUGGCCCAAGAAGCCACCCUCUUCCAGGGCACCAUCAGGGAGAAUAUCUUACUUGGAGUCGACCCCUUAGCAAUCACCGAUGAGCAACUACACCAAGCGUGCCGUGAUGCCUCGAUCCACGAUUUUAUCGUCUCAUUGCCGGAGGGCUACAAUACAAAUAUUGGAUCACGUGGUGUAUCACUUUCAGGUGGUCAGAAGCAGCGCGUGGCGAUUGCUCGCGCUCUGAUUCGCGACCCAAAAGUCCUACUUCUCGACGAAGCUACGAGCUCCCUUGAUUCGGAAAGCGAAAAGCUAGUCCAGUCGGCAUUCGAAAGAGCCAGUGAAGGACGCACGAUGCUCGUGGUAGCACAUCGACUGGCCACAGUGCAGAAUGCUGAUGUUAUCUUUGUAUUGGGAGAUGGUCAGCUGCUGGAACAUGGAAACCAUGCAGAGUUAUUGAAGAGGCGGGGCGUCUACUGGAAUAUGUGCCAAAGUCAAGCCUUAGAUCGUUAAUAACGGGUUGUAUUUGGCAAUGACCGCGCAGUUGAGGACAUUGGUACUCGCCAACCAUCAACGGAUAUAUGGAAGCGAGUACAAAAUCAAACAUGUAAAUCGCUCUCUACUCUAUAUUCUAUCCCGGAAAAACAAAGGGCAUGAAUAUAACAAACUCCUGAUAACCCGACACCCUGCUCUCGCUCUUUGUAAAUGUCUGGAGCCCCGUCGUAGAAGAGAUCAAGCAGUGAUACGACAAAACAUGACUAUCAUCACAUCUUAGUAGUAUUGAACAUGUCGUCAAUCUCACUAAGGAUAUCUCCCGCAUGCGUCAUAACAAAAUCAUGGCUCCCUGGAAGAACUCGCCAGCGGACAUGGUGCUCACCACCAACGAGAGAUAGUGCAUCCCGGCGAUAGGAGUCCGGAUCAAUAAUCUCGUCAGAUCUAGCUAGUAAAAUAGCUGUAGUGCCAGGAGCACGCUUGGACAACUUGGCCCAGGCGUCAUGCUGAUCGGUCAGGGGUGCAAAGCGAAUGCUCGACAUGAACGCGGGGACGAAACCAUUGUGAUGCGUGACCAUCCAGCGCACAUACUCCAUAACACGUUGCUCCAACGGCGUAACGGCCUCACCGGACGCUGGAACCACUUCUGCCUCGGCAACAUUGAGUGGUGGCGUAGUGACAGCCUCGAUGGGCGUCUUGGGAGGUGGCUUGGCUGAAGCGGCGAUAGGCUUCUGAAGACGACUGCGUGUAGCAACGGCCAGAAUGCGCUCCGGGACGAGGCCAGAGACGAAGAGGAAUCGAGAGACGCGGCCAAAGGAGGCGGCGCGGAUUAGACCUGCAGGUGCGAGGAGCACAAGGUCGCGCACGAGGUUGGGAAACACAUUGGCAAAGUGAACUGCGAUGCCACCGCCGAGAGAAUAGCCUACAAGACGGAAGGCGUUUGUACCGGUCC